AAAUCCCCUCCAUCGCCACGAAUAUUCCAUUUCAAGAGCAGAAUUGUGUUGAAACGCGGAUAAAAUGAGUUAUGUUUCCACUUGACUUUCCCACUCCACAAUACAAAAAAAAGGAUGACAAAAAAAGGAUAUCAAGUUUCUGUCCCCUGUUGCGGUAAUUCGAGGACCCCAAGAUCGGUCAAACAGGUCGGUCAGUACGAAGUCGGCAGUGAAUCGCGCAGCCGCAUUGAGACCGGUUAAAUCCACGAGUGUGUGAAGUGACGGUGAUUUUCAUUGGUAAUUGUGUGAAACUUGAAAUACAGUGUGCAAUUAUGAAAUUGUGAUUUUAAACUGGAUAUGACGACAGCCUCCUGGAAUUAGCAGUGCAUCAAAGAUGGCGCGGUGGAGUGUCUUCUGGAUAUUAUGCUUGGUCUGCUCUGCUUGGAUACCACGGAAUGUCAUCGCUAAAGCUGGACUAUGUGAGGAGGUGACAGGCCAGGCCAACAUCAUUCUAGACAUCGAGGAGAGCCGAGGCAGCGCAUAUGACCAACCAACCGUGCCAGAGGAACUUCCGGUCUCGGGGAAUCCGUACAAUGAGACCACCCUGGAGUUAAUAUUCCCCGGUAAGGCGCCCCUCUUCACCCUCAACGGGAAAAAACUGCGUCUGUUGAAGCCAUUAGAUAGAGACAAUGAGAAUUUGUCGCACGUCGUCUUCCAGUUGGCCUGCACUGUUAAAUCAACGAAUAAGAAGAGAAUCAUUCCAGUUAUUGUCAGGGUGUCUGAUAUCAAUGAUAAUGCACCCAAAUUUAUCAACACACCGUACGAAGUUACAGUACCUGAGCUGACACCAGUUGGAUCGACGAUAUUCCAGAAUGUUGUUGCGACAGACGCUGAUGCUGGUGUCAAUGGACUCGUCGAAUACUCGAUAGUGCCUGGUGAUGGAACUGGAAUUGGCAACAGCGAUGGCGUCGGAAGGGAUAGAAUAACAACUGCCGAUGGUUAUGGUUACUUCAGCAUCAAUUUACCACAUCAGGGACAAGUCACGGUUAAUCGUACCCUGGAUUACGAGAAAACACAGAGAUACCUUGUGACUAUACUGGCAUCGGAUCGCGCGAGAAAUGGUUCAGAGAGAUUUACGUCCACUACAACGCUGACAGUCAACAUAAGGGACGAUGACGAUCAGGAUCCAUCGUUUAUCUACACUGGGUGUAUGUUGCUGGAUGGGGCGUGUAUCAACACUGAGUAUUCUGCCUCUGUAUCCAGUGGUGUCCUGUCCGGAAUACUCAACAUAUCACCGGAGAAAAUUCAGGCCAUCGAUAUGGACAGUAUCAACGCACCAAUUCAAUACUCAUUUUUGAGUGGGAAGCCCGAAAAUUAUCAUGAUUUCUUUGAGAUCAAUCCAACCACCGGAGCCGUGAAGCAAAUACGGGCUGUUGAUACAACUGUUACCAAGAAAUUUGAUAUCAUCAUCAAGGCUGUCGAAGUGUCGGAAGCAAAACGCUCUACUACGGCGAAACUUACGAUUACUGUUAAACCGGUAGACAGCAAUCCACCGGUUAUUAGUGCAUCCGCGGUCGAGGGAUUUGUUGAUGAGAAUGCACCUAUUGGAACUAAAGUCAUUGACAAGAGUGGAGCUCCGAUCAAACUCACUAUUUCUGAUGCUGAUUUGGGAGCAGAGGAUCCGAAACCAAAUUACACAUUCGAAUUGACAACAAAUUUCUUUUCAAUCGAUCAAACCGGAACUCUAGUAGUAAACGAGGAGAAUCUCGAUCGUGAUCCACCGAGUCCCGGACGUUUUCGAUUUCAAGUUGUAGCGAGAGAGAAAACUGGUGUGGCGGCAUCCACUCCACUGUCAUUUGUUGUAACACUUAAUGAUGUCAAUGACAAUGCACCUCAACUACCAAUGAUACCACCGAUUACGAUCCAAGCGGGAGAAGAAACCAGACGGGAAGUCAUUAAGGUUGAAGCAACCGACAAUGACGAGGGUGAAAAUGCUGAGAUCACCUACAGCAUUUACCACGUAUCCAAUAAUGGCCUUCAUAAAUUUAAAAUUGAUCCAAAGACCGGUGUUAUCGAGACUGUGCGCAAAUUGAACGCCGGUGAACAGUACAGUAUUACUGUUCAAGCCACUGACAAGGGUGGCAGAUAUUCACAGACCAUUGUUGAAGUCAAUGUGAUACCCGGGCCAAACACAAGAAGCCCUGUUUUCCAGCAACCUGUUUACGAAGUGCAAGUCAGCGAAGGAGCUUCCAUCAACUCUACCGUUGCCACAAUCACGGCGGUGGACCCUGAAAAUGAUCCUGUAUCAUAUUCCAUAGUUUCGGGCAAUGACUUGAGGCAGUUUGCGAUCGGUGACAAGUCAGGCGUUAUUACCGUUAUAAGGAAGUUGGACAGGGAAGACUUGACGCGCUAUCAGCUGCUGAUAAAGGCAGAGGACAGCGGUGGACUAUCCAGCACAGCAACAGUAAACAUCAGGGUCACUGAUAUUAAUGACAAGAAUCCCGAGUUUGUAGGUUUGCCUUAUGAAUUUGAGGUGAAAGAAGGUGAAGCCAGAAAACUCAUUGGCCACGUACAUGCUGAGGAUGCAGAUGAGGGGAUCAACUCUGAGGUCACGUACUUUGCACCUGAUGACAUACCAUUCACCGUGGAUCCGGAGACUGGCGAUGUUCUUACUAAAAUUGCACUCGACUAUGAGCAAAAUCACGAAUAUAAAUUUGUUGUGACUGCUCGAGAUGGUGCCCCAGAUCAUCGUUUAGCAACAGCAACAGUUACAGUGAAAGUUAUCGAUGUUGAAGAUGAGGUACCAGUGUUUCAUCAGAGCAGUUAUGAAGCACGGGUCAAGGAGAAUGUACCUGAUUACAUGGUCAUUCAAGUUGUGGCCGACGACCCCGAUACGAAGAAGAAGAUUACAUACAUCAUUAAAGAAGGAGAUACCGACCUCUUUAGUAUCGAUCCAAAAACCGGGGUCAUCAGAACAAAUCGAGGAUUGGAUUACGAGAGAGACAGCCAACACAUUCUCAUCAUUGGUACCUUGGAGAACACUAGCGAUCUGCCAGGCUCCACCACCCGUGUGGUCAUUAAUGUUCAGGAUGCCAAUGAUAUUCCGCCGGUAUUCACUACGGUUCCACGUCCAAUCACACUGGACGACGAUGUCCCGAUAGGCACUACCGUGAUCAAUCUUAAUGCUCUCGACUCUGAUGGCACAGCUCCUGGUAAUCAGGUACGAUAUGAAAUAAUUGGACGUGGAAUAGCCCAGAAGUACUUCGUAAUCGAUCCCGACACUGGAAUUCUAACAGUACGUGAUGAUUUACGGAAAGAAACUGAUACUGAAUAUCAGGUGGACGUACGGGCGUACGACCUCGGCGAACCUCAACUGUCGUCAGUAACUACAGUGCCAAUUUACGUGCGUCAUGUGGCAACGGUAGCACCAGAAGUUGGCCUAGGCUUUGCCGAGGACUCUUACAAUGUUGAUGUACCUGAGGAUGCACUGGAUAAUACACUUAUAAAAAUACUAACGGUUAUAAACAGUCAUACACACGACUCCACACCUCUGACGUGCGAAAUAUAUAGUGGUAAUGAAGAGGGAUUGUUCGAGGCCACCAUCACGCCGGAGAGAAAUUGUGCAUUGAAGCUUAAGAAGGGUAAACUCGAUCAUGAGACUACUGAGAGCUAUCAGAUCAAGAUUAAAUUGGAGUCGUUGUCUGGUCUAUUGAAUUCCCACAGAAAUACCACAAUGGUAAAAAUUCAAGUUCUAGACGUGAACGACAACAAGCCAGAGUUUAUAUUCCCAGAAGACCCUCUGAAUCUCCGCAAUGGCCACUACUUUGCAGCAAUACCGAGGGCUGCGCCAUUUUCCUCAACAGUUUUGCAAGUUAAAGCCCAUGAUAAGGACAAUGGAAAGUUCGGAAAGUUGGAGUACAAAAUACCGCAGGACGGUGCCACUCAAUACCUGAUGAUAGACACAUCCUCGGGUUUCAUAAAGACAGCUGCAGCAUUGGACAACGUUAGUGAGGACGAACUGCCUUUCAAGUUUAAUGUACGAGUACGAGAUCAUCCCAGCAGUACGAAAUUCCACAGCGCCGAGGCCCGUGUCAUUGUGAAUAUCAUAGACGAGGAGGAUUUACUCGUUUUAGUCAUCCAAGAUGCUCCUUCUGACGCCGUGCAGAAAGAAGCUUCCAAGGUUGUGAGGAUUUUAGAAGAGAAAUCAGGACUGAUUAUCGGCAUCGACAAAAUUGCUAUGAGAAAAACUGUUACGAAGAAUGGCACUGUUGAAGGCCAUCCACUAGACACAGAUGUGUGGUUUUACGCUGUCGAUCCAAAGACUGAAACUAUUCUCGACAGGAAUAGCUCACAAUUACAAAGAAUGAUGCUGGACAAGACCAUCACUUCGUCGAUAUUUUUCGAUGUUUCUGCGGCCCUCGGUGCAAAUGCAAUCGAGAUACAUGCACCGGUAACGGCACCAGAGACUGUACGCACUCAGACGGCAGUUGCAUUCAGUGGAGAGGUAUUCCCAUACGCUCUCAUAAUUAUAGCCUGCGUUAUCCUUGUACUAGGCAUCGCUGGAAUAAUCUACAUCUGCGUGUCGUGGUCUAGGUACAAAGCGUAUAAGGACCGAAUGCAACGAAUGUACGUAGUACCUCGUUAUGAUCCAGUAUUCGUAGAAACAGAUCUCAAAGAAUACGAGACGCAAGUACUCAGGAUGAGUGUGCCAAACGACGAUAACGAUAGUUAUAACGAUUUGCAAAUUGAUUUCAGUAAUAAAAAUCAUGCAUUCAGUCUCGAUAACGUCAGCUAUAUCACCAAAGAUCACAGUGGAAGCACAGGCCAACAGAGUCCCGUUAGUUCUGAAGCAGCGACUACUGUUCGUGCUUCCAGCAUCACCGGUAAUCAUCCAGAUGCUGGAGUUCAUUCAUUAAAACGUUCAACAAUGGGACGUAAAAAUGUGGGAAACACAAACACAAUAAAUACCAUUGAUACACCUGUUCUGAAUCCACUGUUUAAUCACAACGAUCUAUUGAGUAAUCCGAGCCCAUCAAAUGACAAUGUGACAUUCAGAGAACGAAAGGACUAUUCGCAUCUUGGAUUCUCUUAUUUAACAGAUCAGAGCCCAGUGGAGACAACAACCGAGUUAUAAUUCUUCUCUCUUCAUUAUUCUCAUCUAUUCUAAAUAGUGCGGGGAAUGGUUGGUGUUUCAGUGGGGCGAACCAAAGGGUUUGGUUUCCUCACGAAUUUAUGAAGAAUUAUGCAGAACAUCAAAUACUCUAUUUUUUUAAAUAUCCUAGUGCAUGAACACUUAUUUGUGUGUGAGCUGACACACGAUUUUGAUGUGCCAAGUCAGCUGCCGUCCGAUAGGUUUAAGUGAUUAGUUUAUUAACGUGUGAACAUAAUUAAUGCAUAAUUGAGGGAUGAUUACGUGUGUGAGUGACAAUUGUAUGUGCUUGUAUUUGGAGAAGUGAUGAAAUAGGAUAAAUUGUAUUUGAUGCAGUCUUUGAAGAAUUUUUUUCAUUUGGAAAAAAAUUUUCUAAACAUUUUUCUAGUAAACCCUGGUAUGAUUUACAAUGAAAUGUUGGAAAUUUACUUGUUGAGCGAUAUCUCUUUCCUCAGAAUGUCGUUUUAUUCUGUAUUAUAUUUUUCAUUAUUUAUAACUGAUUGAGGUUUGCUCAUGUUGAUUUAUUCAGGUAAUUGGCAGUGAUGUACUUAAUUGCGAAUUCAAUCUCGCAUUCGAGUUGUAGAACGUCAUAAAUCGAAUGAAAUAUAUUUAAUCAGCCGUUACAGAUGAAAAUUAAUCGGAUAAGUGGAGAAUAUACCGAUUGUGUUGUUUAAAAGAGACUUUCUCCUCACGUUUUGACGCAUUACUUUAAUUUUGUGUAGUCAGAGCCUUUGUCCUAUUAUCCAUUGACUUACGACAGUUUAUUUUUUACUUGAAUGCAAUCGACUAGAAAAAGUGCCGAUUUUUCCUUAAAAAAAAAAAUUUGUAAUUUUCUACAUGAAUAUUCAAGUGAUUGUAGUUCCAAUGAAUUAACUAUUUUCUUCGGGGUAUCAGAGUACUGCCAGCGAAUCAGAAGAAGCUACAGUCAAUCGAAAUUGCAGCAUUUCCGUAAUAUUUACCACCGGGAAAUUUCCGUUUGCGCUGGGCUUCAGGUGAUAAGUUAAUUAUACCCCAAUCCCUCUAACAUUCGAUUGGGUGUAGAAGAUCGUGGGACAAAAUGAAAUUUUUUAUUAUAAACGGAGUUAUUGAAUUUUUGGUUCGAUAAACAACCUUUCAUUUUGUCCUACAUUUGUCUACGGAAUUUGAAUAAACUCGUGAUGCUUAUUUUGAUAUGAUAAUUAUAUAAUUACAACGAUUAAUGGUUGAAUAAUGUUUAAGUGGAGAGAAAUGUGAAAUAAAAUUGUAUAAAAUUUGUUAAUUAA